AUAAAGAAAAUGAAAUUAGCUUUCAUUCUGAUUCUCGGACUAAUCUUGGGCUCUACUUUUGCAAAGAUUGGAGAUCCUACUAUCAACAGCGGACCUCUCCUCGUGAGGUACAUGAGUGGAGACCUUCAAGGAACAUUUAUUGUCAUGUUUUAUAAGAAAUCCGCUCCAAGCAGAAGAACUUCUGAGAUCAGAGCUGAAUUAAACCAAAAAAUUCUACAAAAGUACCCAUUCUUCCAUUAUGUUGAGGCAGAUGUUGAUUCAGGACUUUAUAAUGAUGUUAUCGAAGAUUUCCUAGUUGAUGAAACUGAACUGAGACAUUCUCCUACCGUUAUGAUUGCAAGUGAAGGAACUGCAUAUUGGGUGCAUGGAACAGGAGCAGUAGAUGACCUAAAAUACAACUUGCCCAACUACGCAGUUGAGCUCAAGCAAUAAUUAUUCCUGUGAUAAAACUUGACUUAUUUAUCUAAAUA